AUGGCCCAAUACGCCCGAGAUGCCAUUGCGAAACACCACUCCGACGCUAUUCACGGUAUUGGGCUCCCCUAUUUGGGCGAUGAGUCCACCGGCCCUGCAGACUGCACGAGCGAGAGUCUCGUGUUGACGGAGACACGCACGCUUGCCCUGGUCGCCGCCUGCAGGUCCAUGGGGGUCACAGUGACUGCAGCAGUCCACGCAGCACUGGCUGGGGUGGUCUUUGACUUGCCUUCUGCGAAGGAGGAUUCGACAGUAACGCACUUCUCCGCCGUGCUCUCGGCAAAUUUCCGAGACUAUCUUCCUGCGCCCUGCGGCGCAGCCUCUCAUGCGUGCACCACGUAUGUCAAUGGCCUCACGCCAGUGGUUCAGAGGGACGCUUCCUUCGUGGACAGGGCCCGCAGCCUCACUCGAGAGUACAAGGAGUGGCACAGCGAUGUGUUCGCAAAGACGAUGCGGCUCCGGUAUCACUACCAUGCAGAGAAGCUACUGGAGGCACCUCCCCAGCCGAUGACACCACCCAGCAACAUAUUUCUCAGCAGCCUCGGAGUUAUCGACAAGCAUCUUGCAAAAGUCUAUUUCUGUCCAAAAAUGGAGCCCUCGGUGGAGGUGACCGACUUUAGCUUCGGUGUACUGCUGUACGCCAUGACUUUUCGAGGAUGUUUCAAGCUCUCUGUCAACUACAACGACGCUUACCAUGAUAGUGCAAGUAUGAAGCGGAUAUUGGUGAACAUCUUGGAGAUGAUGGAGACAAGUCUCGGAUCUUCGUUGACGCUAGUUGAGGUUUGA